AGGCCAUAUAGAGCACGUACGAUACUGAGAGAAUAAAACUGAAAAUGCACUAGGCACUACACAGUACACACUGCACACUACUUGUGUUCACGCCCACUGAAAUUCUAAAACCUCUCAACUCCCCACCUGAAACAGCCUCACCUCCGCCGCCCAACGCCACCAUGCCUCAGCCAUUCCCGUCAACCAUCAUUCUCGCAUCGACAGCACCCUCAUGCACUCUCCUCUCUCUCUUCUCCUGCAUCCUCCUCGUCUCUCUCUUCUCUCUCCACCUCCACCACCACGUCUCUCCUCUCUCCCAACAACACCACAAAUCUCUCUCCCUGGAUGCCCUCACAGCCUCCUUUCUCUCCAGCUCUAACAACAACACUAUCUCUGACUACCUCCACUCCCUCACUCUCCACCCUCAUCUCGCGGGAACCCAGCCGUCUCUCUCCACCGCGCUUCUCGUUCUCUCCCACUUCAUCUCUCUCAAUCUCUCCGCGCAUCUCUCCAACUACACAACUCUCCUCUCUUACCCUCUCCACUCCUCACUCUCCUCCCACUCCAACUCCACCACCACGCACUUCUCUCUCCCCGAGCCACACUCCAACGACGUCGUUUCGCCCUACCACGCCUACUCCCCCUCCGGCUCCGUUUACAGCACCGCCGUCUUCGUCAACUACGGGAGAGACAAGGACUACAAUGCGCUGGAGGCGCUGGGCGUGAGCGUCAAAGGCUGCGUCGCUAUCGUGCGCCGCGGCGGCGAUAUGUCGAGAAACGCGGUGGUAACGAAGGCGGCGAAGAACGGAGUGGCGGCGGUUGUAAUGUACACAGAAGCCGAAGCGAAUUACAAAAAUGGAGUGGAGAGGGGGACCGUGAUGGAUGGAAUGGGGGACCCACUCACGCCAGGGUGGGCCAGUGUAGCGGAUGCUGAGAGAUUAGGGUUUGAUGAUCCUGACGUUGUAAAGAGGUUUCCGGCGAUUCCGUCAAUGCCGGUGUCGUCGGAGACAGCGGAGGAGAUAAUGAGGACGCUGGAAGGGGGUAGGGUUCCUGAGGAGUGGAAAGGAAGCCUAAAGAGUUUUGUCAAAGGAAUUGGUCCUGGCCCAACUAAGUUAAAUUUCACUUACAAGGGAGAAAAAAAGUUGGCGACAAUCUAUAAUGUUUUUGCUGUCAUAAGGGGAUCAGAAGAGCCUGAUCGCUAUGUACUCCUCGGUAACCAUAGAGAUGCGUGGACAUAUGGAGCAGUGGACCCCAAUAGUGGAACUGCUACGCUACUUGACAUAGCUCGCCGAUACUCUAUUUUGAAAAACUCAGGGUGGAAUCCUCGAAGGACAAUUGUUCUCUGCAGUUGGGAUGCAGAAGAGUUUGGGAUGAUAGGGUCUACUGAAUGGGUUGAGCAAAACCUUGCAACUUUGGACUCCAAGGCUGUAGCUUACAUUAAUGUUGAUUGUGCGGUUCAAGGGCCUGGACUCUUUGCUGGUGCUACUCCUCAGCUCGAUGAUCUUCUUGUUGAGGUCACAAAGAAGGUUAAAGAUCCCGACUCAGAGUACGCAACCGUAUACGAGAAUUGGGCCUCUAGUAAUGGAGGUGUAUAUAUUGGGAGACUUGAUAGAGUAGAUUCUGAUUUUGCUCCAUUUCUGCAUCAUGCUGGGGUUCCUUCAAUUGAUUUAUACUACGGAAAAGAUUUCCCAGUGUAUCACACUGCUUUUGACUCCUACAACUGGAUGAGAAAUUUUGGAGAUCCAUUUUUCCAGCGCCACAUGGCUGUUGCUGGAAUUUGGGGUCUCCUUGCACUUCACCUAGCAGAUGAUCCGAUAAUACCAUUUAAUUACCUCUCUUAUGCGUCUCAAUUAAAGGAUUACACCAGCAUUUUAAGCAACCUGCUUGAAGUGAGCAUCUCGUUGUACCCUAUAACUGCGGCCAUACAAGAAUUUGAAGCUGCAGCAAAGAAAGCUGAAGACGAAGCAAAGAAACUGCGAGAGCACGAAACUAAUGGAUAUAAUAUGCCGUUAAAGAAAAGGGCAUUGAAUGAUCGACUGAUGCUUGCUGAAAGAGGGUUCUUGGAUACAGAAGGAAUUCAAGGAAGUCGGUGGUUCAGACAUCUUGUAUAUGGGCCUCAUCGUGUAGGCGAGAGCAGGCUUUCUUACUUCCCUUCAAUAGUCAAAGCCAUAUUUCAGUCCGCAGGACUUCCUGGAGGACAGGCAGAGAUCCAGCAUGAGAUUUGGAGGGUUGCUAGAGGCAUCCAAAGAGCAGCCUAUUUGCUGAACGGGGAAAUUAACAUAAAAUUAUAGAAAAUCAGGAAAAAACAUGGCAGUAAUAGGUUGAAAAGGAGCAUAUUGCAUGUACAGGUUGCUAUUCUCUUUUUAGUUGUAUAUAUAGUUUCAUCACAUUUUCUUGAAUACUGUAAUGCAAAAAAUUAGAUUAAUUUUCCUCAUAUGAUAUUGUAGCUUCUAAUA